AUGCAUGCUUGGUGUUGUCGUCGUGCAGUGGGUGGCCUUCACACGGCUGGCCGGCGUGGAGCACGUCUUCUGGUACGACUGCGCGCACGACGCGUCCGAACGCCAGGCGGAAGCCCUCGGGCCCUUCAUCCGCUGCACCGCGUUCUCAGCGCCGCGUACGUCGUCUUUCCCGAGCAGAACGGCGCGAUACUGCAUUACCUCAAAGAGUACCGCAAUGCGUCCACGUGGGUGGUGUUCUGCGACGUCGACGAGUUCAUUUUCGACCCUCGGGAUCUCCGCGCGGGCUUCCUCUUCCGGUUCAUGCGCAACGUCUCGCUCGCGGAUCCCUCCGUCACCCAGGUUCUCGCGCCAAACAUUUUUUUCGUAGGCAACAGCGAAUCCCCUCGCUCCUCCUUCCUCUUCCGCCGCUUUACUAAGUGCCAGCACUUAGCGGACUGGCGGCAGCACCUGCAGCGCUCCAAGCCCAUCGUGCGCGUGGCAGCGGUGGAGCAGUGGGCGGACAUGCGCGUUGCGCCGCAUUUCUUCCCCAUGGCCGUGGGCGCAACUCAGCGCGCGGAUCCCGCGCAGCUGCGCAUGCACCACUACUGGGGGCCGAGGGGGACGGGGUUUGGCGCAGAGACGAGGGAGUUUGCGAAAGAAGUGGAGAAGGAUGUAACUAUCGAGCCACUGGAACUGUCUCUUAGUCGAAUGUUGCACCCGGGCUUGCCGUAUCUCACCUACCUGGAGGCGAAGCGAAGGAUCCUGGAAGCAGCAGACAGUGCCAUGCGGCUCUCUUACACCCUUGCUGACCCCUUUGAAUGGCGUUGA